GAAAUAAGAUUAUUGGUCUUUGGUAUCGGAAUGAGCAUGCCUACUUGGACUUUAAGUGAUUGUCCUGAUGAUUUGCAAGCGAUUGGUGAAUUAAGAUUUUUCUGUUAAUUUCUGCCUGUUUUGUCUCAGACGUGGAUAUGUUAUUGAUGACCCUGCUUUGAUGAUUUGAGAAUUUUUGUAAAUUAUGAUUUUCCGGUUAAAUCGAUGCCCACAGGGAAUUUUCUGGUUAUUUCCGAAAUUAUGGAUUUCGAUUGUGAAUUAUGGAUUUCGAUUGUGAAUUAUGGAUUUCGAUUGUGAAUUUCGGAUUUUGAUUGUGAAUCCUGCACGGUUUUUAGGUGUAGCGCUAGCACUCCUGAUCCCUGCUAGUGGGUGUGUAGCACUUCCGAUCCCCGCUAGUGGGUGUAACGCUAGCACUUCCGAUCCCUGCUAGUGGGUGUGUAGCAUCCCUGAUCCCCGUUAGUAGGUGUAACGCUGGCACUCCUGAUCCCCGCUAGUGGGUGUAACGCUAGCACUUCUGAUCCCCGCUAGUGGGUGUAACGCUAGCACUUCUGAUCCCCGCUAGUGGGUGUGUAACACUUCCGAUCCCCGCUAGUGGGUGUAACGCUAGCACAUGUCGACAUGUUUACUGAUGACCGGUUUAUUCUGUCGCCUGCCAGUGGGUUGUUAUAACACUGGCCAUGACUUAUAGAUGAGACUACUGAACUGAGUUUUCUUCAGCAUUAACGGUUUGUUAUGAGACGUUUUGCUAUUGAACUAAACUUGAUUUUCGCAUUAACGGUUUAUCAGUGAAAGUUUUGCUAUGUUUACAUGGUUUAUCUGGCAUGUUAAAAGUUUUACCCAAGGGCUAUCCAUUUUUACUUACUGAGUUAUCUCAUAGUUUUUCUUGUCCACCAUUUCAGGAAGCGAAACCGAGGACGGGGAAACUGAGGGGAGUGACGAGUUAGAAGGCUAGCCAUUCAAUUGGGGUAUAAGUUUUAGAUUUUAUCAUCCUUUUGUAAGGUUGAUUUUAUUCAUGAGAUUUUGUGAUUUGGAUAAGUUCUGAGCCUUGUGCACUUGUGGGACCCGUCUCACGAGUGCACGGCGUCUGUCGCGUCUCGGAUUUGGGUUCUGGGGCGUGACAAAUGGUAGGUUGAUUUUUUUUUUUUCAAUUUAUAAUUAUUUAUAAGGUUAAUUAGGGAGGGGAGAAAGGGGUUCUGUGGGGCUCGAACAUGCAACCUACGAAGGUGAACAGCCCUAAAUCAGAACUCAAAAUCAUUGGGUCGAAGCGGGUCGUUCGACUGAAUUUAAUUAAUAAGGGGAGAAUAAAACUAAAGUAAAAUGAUAGAUUUACCAAAUAAAGAAAGUAUUUAAUUAAUAUAUAUA